AUGUGGUCAGGCGGAUGGGCAGCAGUGAAUUGGCUUUCCGUUUCUGAGGCCUGUCUCCCUAAUUCGCCUCCCUUCAACCGGUCCCAUUCUGCUGGCCGGGCAGAGACCAAAUCAGCCUGUGGUCCAAACAUAACCUCACCUCCUCACAACGCUCUAUCGUCCUACAGUCCAUUAGUCUUGAGGGCCAAUCCUACAAGCGGUGUGGCCCGUUUCUGUACCGACUCCCGCGCCAACUACAGCCAAAAGUUCACCUUACGCUAG